AGCGAGGGAGAGAGAGACAUGAGACAGGGCAAAGCAGCUGGUUACAGCGAACAGAAAGGAACAUUUUAAUCAUCAUCUCAUCCUCUCUCCUUCAGACAGAAGCUUGUAUCUCCUCUCUUCUGGAUAAAUACUUUUGAGAUGUCUUUCAUAUUGGCAGCUCUUGACAAACUGACUUACUUUUUGUCACUGAUAGCCUUUUGUGUCAGUUUGUCUUACAGCUGGCUGAAAUGAGAAUUGAUUCAUCUGAUCUGAUCUGGGUUUGGAAAUUUUUGGAGGUGCUACUGGUGAAAAACGAAGCCCUGUGAGAAUAAGAGGAUGCUACAACACAGUUUGUUGAGGAUAUGCCACAUUCUUCUGUUGGCACUGUGCAUUUAUGCCAGUGAAGACUUUGACUGGACCAAGAAUGAAAUGGGAUCAUUUCAGUAUGGCACAUUUCCUUCAGGAUUUUCUUGGGGUGCUGGCAGCUCAGCAUAUCAGACAGAAGGAGCAUGGGAUAAAGAUGGAAAAGGAAAGAGCAUCUGGGAUGUGUUUUCUCACAAAAGAGGGAAAAUUCACCUAAAUGACACUGGUGACUCUUCCUGUGAAGGCUAUUAUAAAAUAAAGGAUGAUAUUGCACUGAUGAAAGACAUGAAGCUAAACCACUAUCUCUUUUCCAUCUCCUGGCCAAGGAUUUUGCCCAGUGGACUGAGGAAUGAGUACAUCAAUGAGAAAGGGAUAGAGCACUAUAAUAACCUAAUUAAUAUGCUUCUGGAGAACAGAAUCACGCCAAUUGUGACGCUGUACCACUGGGACUUACCUCAGGUUCUGGAGGAGAAAUAUGGAGGAUGGCAAAAUGCCAGUAUGGUCAACUUCUUCAACGAUUUUGCCAACUUGUGCUUUGAGAGAUUUGGCAAUCGAGUUAAACACUGGAUCACCUUCAACAAUCCUUGGUCUGUUGCAGUGGAGGGUUAUGAGACUGGAGAACAUGCUCCUGGUCUGAAAUUGAGGGGUACUGGUGCCUAUAAUGCUGCCCACAACAUCAUUAAGGCUCAUGCUAAGGUCUGGCACACAUACGAUGCCCAGUGGCGAAACAAACAGAAAGGUAUGGUGGGGAUCUCCCUGUCAGCUGACUGGGGAGAACCAGUGGACAUCACAAAUCAACGUGAUAUAGAAGCUGCUGAAAGAUACGUCCAGUUCUACUUGGGCUGGUUUGCCACGCCACUCUUUCAUGGAGACUAUCCUCAAAUAAUGAAAGACUACAUAGGUAGGAAGAGCGCCCAGCAGGGCCUGAGUAGCUCUCGCCUGCCUGUUUUCAGCCCUCACGAGAAAAGUUAUGUCAAAGGCACUUGUGACUUCCUGGGCAUCAGUCACUUCACUACGCGCUACAUAACACAAAAGAACUUUCCUUCCAACCGUGGAAACAACUACUUCACUGACCGUGACCUGGCUGAGUUGGUGGACCCACAGUGGCCUGAUCCUGGAUCAGAGUGGCUCUACUCUGUGCCAUGGGGCUUCCGCCGUCUGCUUAGCUUUGUAAAGACACAGUAUGGAGACCCCAUUAUAUACGUGACAGGAAAUGGUGUAUCGGAGAAAAUGAUGUGCACAGAACUGUGUGAUGACUGGAGAAUGCAGUACUUGAGGGAUUACAUCAAUGAGAUGCUCAAAGCGGUUAAAGAUGGAGUGAAUGUGAAAGGCUACACAGCUUGGUCAUUGCUUGACAAGUUUGAGUGGGAUGAGGGCUACUCUGAAAGAUUUGGCCUGUACUAUGUGGACUUUGGCAGCAAAAAUAAACCACGCUACCCAAAAGCAUCAGUCCAGUACUACAAGCGCAUCAUCAGCUCGAAUGGUUUCCCUAAUCAGAGAGAGAUUGAAAGCUGGAAAAGAAAGGCACUGGAAACAUGCACCUCAAGUAACCAGCUUCUUGCAGCAGAUCCACUGAUCAGCCACAUGGAGAUGGUCACAGAGAUUGUCGUCCCCACUGUGUGCACUCUUUGCAUUCUCCUCAGUGCAGUUUUUCUCAUGUUUCUGCUGAGAACACGAAUAUAAAACGGACUGCUUUACAUUUACACCACUAUAUUUUUUCACAUUGCACGUGUCUGUACAACAUUUCUCUUUUUUUAUUGAUCAUUAUUAACAAUGAUGACAUGCUGAGACUUGUUUACAUGUAAAUUCAAAUAAAAUGGUCCACAAAGGUACCUCUGUGUUCAUGCAUUGUAGGACCAUCCAAACAUCUCUCAACAAAUUACUCAGAGGAUAAGUUGAGGGUUUGGUGUUUGAUUAUGAGGUGAGAAAAGUUAGAUGGAACUUUCUGAAACUUUUGAAAGCAAUUUUGUAACACUAUUAACAAUGACGUUUGUAUACGUGGCAAACAAACAGACAAUAAAAGAGAUACUACAAUAAAUGUGUUUGUGAAACCUUUUAAAAUACUGAAAUUCAGUGCAGAAAUACACUGCAGUAUACAAUCCACCGUGUAUGACAUCUAAUCUGUGCUUUCAAUAAAGUUUGAAACCAAGCAUUAUAUCUA